AUGACUGCCUCACAAUGGCUUGGGGAGCGCAUACCUACACUCCUACGCCCCUCCAUUCUGCUCGGAAUAGCUCUCUAUCAUUUCAUCAUGACAAUUCUCGAAAUCGUUGUCCAGGAAUGGCGACCUUUCAAGCUCUUCAACAUCACUGCAGUACGCCACCAAUCCUUUGCCCGCAUGUGGACCCACAACGGCGAAGCCAUGUCCACCGAAAUGCCUGGAAACACAUUCGACCUACUCUCGCGCUGCAAGGGCGUGAUCCUCGACAUUGGCCCCGGCUCCGGAGAACUGCUGUCGCGUUUUAACCCUGACAUCAUCACCGCGCUCUACGGUGCUGAGCCCGCAAAAGAACUGCACCCAGGCCUCGUCAAGAAGGCAGCAAAGAGGGGCCUCGAGAGUAAAUUCCAUCCUCUUCUCUGCGGCGCCGAGCCUGAGAGCUUGAUUCCGGCGUUGCACAAAGCUGGUAUUGUGCAAGUUAGUGGGAAAGGCGGCUCGGCGGAAGAUGGUGUGUUUGAUGAGAUUUGUUGUACGCGUGUGCUUUGUGGAGUGCCGCAUCCGCAGCAGACAAUCAAGAGUUUGUACAGUUUGUUGAAGCCCGGGGGCCGCAUGGUUGUGUGUGAGCACGUGGUUAGCCCGUGGAGGACACAAGGGAGUAUACCGGCACGAUUCAUGCAGCUGGUGUACACUGUGGUAGGAUGGCCAUUUCUUAUGGGCGGAUGCGAGCUCCAGAGACACACGCCUGAAUACCUCCGAGACGCUGGCGAGUGGGACCAGUUCGAGCUCAAGUACUAUGCGCCGAAAGAUGCGAUUCCCUUCGUCGUUGGCGAGCUGAUCAAGAAGCACGGCUCUCUGGAUAAGUCGUACGCAGAGGCAAUCAAGGAAUAG